ACUCCCAAAUCCCCCCUUUCACCUCCUCCGCUCCCACAUCCUCUUCUCCUAAAUCCGGCCCAAGAAUUUCUGCGUUCGGGGUUUGGAUCUGGUGGUUCCAGUUCGAGCUGGUGUGUGUUGGCGCGCUCGGUUCGUCGGAUCUGCAGGGGCGCGAGGGCUCCGCUGAGCGGGUUCCGGGGAAAUGGGUCUAGAUCUGGCGCGAAUUUUCGCGGAAACUAAUUUUCUCUCUGGGCUUUUGAGUGCUCCGAUUACUUCUUCUUUUCCUUCGGGGGAAUCUGGGGGACACGGAAAUUCGGUGGCCUUUUCGUUUCGCAAGGGGGGAUUUACUCUGGGUUUCGCGUGGCUUAGAUUGGCCGUUUGACUUCUUUGUUGAGGUGAAAUGUAACCUACCUGCAGUAUACGGGUGUUGUCUUGGUUUAGAUAUUGAGGUAGAGAGUAAGUACUACCACACUUUAUGGCGCUCGAAGCUGAAAUUCUGUCGAGAUAUCCAUAGGUUUUGAGUAGAGCAGCUGGAGCUAAUGAUACCGUGUCUACAGUAUCUUUGUGAAUCUUGUGCCUGGCCGAUGGUGGUCAUGCUUCAAUGGUUGAGAUGAGUCCAGUGUCCGAUAGCCCAGCUAGGUUCGAUGCUAGGAAGUUAGUACCAGUACCACCACCACUGGUUGUGCAAAGGAUGAGAUGAGCAUGGUUCUGUUUUUUUCCCCCUAAAGGCUACAGUACAUGAGGUGGAGGCAUUUUGUUCUUCAGCUACUUGUGUGCAAAGUCCCUGUCGUUCUACCAAGGCAUUCUUGGGUUCCAUCGACAACAAACAAGAUCUAACACACCUGCUCGCUGCUCUGCGAAGCUAGUCCGGAUUCCGGAUCUAAGCCACCACCUACCACAUCCUACUUCACGGGUUCAGCUUCUAGCCUAUCGGCAUGGCUGAGGAAACCGCCAAUGACACUCAGGUGGCCCAAGAAAAUGAGGUUGCUCUCAAUGAUGAGGCCGUCCAAGCAGAUGAAUUGGUCCAUACUGAAGAUAUGGCUCAAGCUGAUGAGUUGAUACAAGGCGAAGAAAUCAAUCAAGGUGAUGAGCUGGCCCAUGAUGAUGAUUUCGUACAAGGAAAUGAGUUGGUCGUUGCUGAGGAAACGACCCCUCGGACUGGAAUCAGACGGAGAAGAAAGAAGUCCUUGGUAUGGGAGCACUUCACUAUUGAAGAAGUCGCUGGAGGGGCCACACGGGCAUGCUGCAAUCUCUGUAAGCAAACCUUUGCUUACAGCUCUGGCUCAAAGAUUGCUGGGACUAGCCAUCUCAAGAGGCACAUCACCUUGGGUUCUUGUCCUAAGAUAAAGAAUCAAGAGCAGAGGCUGGCACUGCCUUCAGCAGGAGGUACUGACAAUGAUGGUGAGGGAACUGUGGAGCGGCGAACCAAGAGACGAUACAGAUAUACUGGUUAUGCAAAUGCUGCUUUUGAUCAAGACCGCAGUUGCUCCUACCUGGCGAAGAUGAUCAUUCAGCAUGACUACCCGCUUCACAUUGUUCAACAGCCGGCAUUCGGAACUUUUAUUGAGAGCCUGCAGCCACGUUUCAAGAUUGUGGAUGUUGAUACGAUGGAAGGAGAGGUGUAUGCUGUUUAUCAGAAAGAAAAAGUGAAUCUGCUUCAAGCAUUCAACACUAUGCCUGGAAGGAUCAGCCUCACCAUAGGAUUGUGGACUACGAGUCAGACUCUUGGCUAUGUUUCACUUGCAGGGCAGUUUAUCGACUCUGAGUGGAAAGUACACCGAAGAAUGCUUAGUUUCAUGAUGGUGUCAUCUCCUCAUUCAGAGAAUGCACUUAGUGAAGCGAUUAGCAUGACCCUUUCUGACUGGAAUAUGAAGGACAAACUAUUUACCAUCACAUUGGAUAAUGAAUGUUCCUCACAUGACAUCUACAGUGCAAAUCUGAGGGAUUAUCUCUCCAACAAGAACAAUCUCAUGCUUAAGGGACAGCUGUUUGUUGUGAGGUGCUAUGCCCACAUCCUUAAUGCUGUCGCACAAGACGUCAUUGCUUCAAUUCACGGUGUUAUCUACAAUAUCCGUGAAAGCAUAAAAUUCAUAAAAGCCUCUUCUGCCCGUGAAGAGAAGUUUGCUGAGAUUGCUCUGCAGCUGGAGAUUCCCAGUACGAAGACCCUCUGUCUGGAUGUCACAACCCAGUGGAACACCACUUAUCUGAUGUUACUGGCUGCCUUGGAUUAUAAGCAGGCUUUCACUACACUUGAGACCUGUGAUGAUAACUACAAUGAAGCUCCUUCAGGAGAGGAUUGGAAGAAAGUUGAGGCUGCCUGUACUUACCUGAAACUGCUAUAUGACUCUGCGCAUAGCAUCAUGGCAUCAACAAACCCAACUUCAAACCUUUUCUUCCAUGAAGCCUGGAAACUUCAGCUAGAACUAUCAAAUGGCACAGGACAUGAAGAUCCCGUUUUCAGUAGCAUCGCCAAAGAUAUGCAUGAGAGGUUUGACAAGUACUGGAAAGAUUGCAGCCUUGUGCUAGCCAUUGCUGUCGUCAUGGAUCCACGUUUCAAGAUGAAGCUUGUUGAGUUCAGUUACUCCAAGAUUUAUGGGGCUGAGGUUGAAAAGUAUGUUAAGGUGGUCAAUGAUGCUGUGCAUGAGCUGUAUAAGGAAUAUGUCGCUCAGCCACUCCCACUGACCCCAGCCUAUGCUGAGCAAGGUGAAGCGAAUAAUGGGCCAGCCAAUGCAAAUAACAGUCAAGGAGCUCCUGGUUCCACUGGUGAUGGGCUUCUAGACUUCGAUAUGUACCUUUCUGAGAUCCAGAGUAGCCAACCCUCAAAAUCUGAACUGGAACAGUACCUGGAUGAAUCACUCACUCCACGUAUGCAGGAGUUUGAUAUUCUGAACUGGUGGAAGCUUAACACAGUCAAAUUUCCAACCCUCUCUAAAAUGGCCCGUGAUAUCUUGGCUAUUCCAAUGUCCAUGGUAAGCAGUGGCAGCUCCAUAUUCACUGCUGGAACAGGAAGUCACAUGCUCGAUGACUAUAGAAGCUCUCUUCGUCCUGAGAUUGUGGAGGCACUUGUCUGUGCGAAAGACUGGCUCCAGUACUCACCUGCUGCCAAGGAUGCACCAAGUUCUGCACUGGUCAAGGCUGAAGGGUCAUAGGUUAGAUGGACAGAUUCAGGCUCCAUCUAUCGUGAGUGUAGUAACUGUAGGCGUAUUGUUGGCUGAGAUUGUGAACUGAUUGUUAUUCUGAUAUUUGUCUUGUAGAGGCGUAACUUGUUGUGUCGAACUCUGUUUAACUCGCUGUUGUCAUGUAAUAGCUUUUGUUGUAUCAUGUUCUGGUGUUGUCUGACUUUGCAUGUGAUGUGCGUGUACAAGCUGCAUGAUGCAUCAGCUGGUUGUCUGUACUUUGUACCCUUGUUUUGUAUUUAAUUUGUUAUGCAUCGUGGAUUGGUGUUCA